CAGCCUUUGCGAUUUUCGCGGGAAAUCCUGUCUGCGGCGGUGUUUUCUUUUGAGGCUGUUUCUUUAAAAGCGUAUCUUCUUCCUAUGCGGUGUUUGAAUGAAAUCAAACAGAGCUUUUUUUAUCUAUAUUAAUUAUUGCUUGUAUUGUUUUAUCUGAACUGCAGCAGACAGCAAGGAAACAGGAUGAAGUAUUUCACCCGGCUGAGAGUCAGACGAGUCUACAAGUGGCGAGGAAAGCCCAUCAGUUUCAACAGGAAGUUAAAAACAUGUGAAUAUGCCUCUUUGGACAUUAGUGUGGAGGGUCUCCCCAGGGUCACUGUCAUUAAAACUGGCCAACACAUCCUCAUAGAGGGAGACAAUGAAGACAACCCAUACGUGGCCAAAGUCAUCCGGCUGUAUGGAGACGAGAACGGGAAACAAAAGAAAGUGGUGGUUCAGUGGUUUGUUCGUGUGUCUGAAGUGCCUUUGAGCAAGCUGAAGCUGCUGGGCAGAGAGCCCCACCCUCAGGAGAUCUUCUACUACCAGGGCCGCAGCUGUGACGAUGAGGUGGACGCCGAGUCCAUCCUCAGACCUGUGAAGGUACAGCGUCUGGAUGGAGCAGCUCCAUUCCCAGACUCUGACGACCAAGACACCCUGUAUGUGAAGCUGUCCUGGGACUCGAAAACCUUUAAGUCGGUUGACUCUGCUCAGGUGGAUUCUGAUCUUUCUCCAGAUUCCUCCUCUUCUCCUCCCUGUUCCAGAUCAUCCCUCCCCCCCUCAACCCCUUGCUCUCCCCCUGCAGCGACUCCAGCGUCCCGAGGCCCUGCCCGACGCGCCCUGCCCACUCCGGAUCUCGCCAUCAUGCGCCGGGCAGCUCCCGGGGAAGUGAGAUACUCCAAGGCCACCAUGAGUGCAGGGAAACCCAGUACUGCAGAGGCAGAGUCAAUGCACUCAGCCACCAAACGGUCUGCCUCAAAAUGCCUGAGCGCCAAACGGAGGAAUGCCUUUGCAAGGAUGCCCGGCAUCCGCAAGAAACUGGAGCUCAGCAGUCCAGAAAAGAAGUCUGUGAUUGCUGAGGACCACCUGAACCAGCUGCUGGACGAGGACCCAGAGUCGGAGCUGAUGUUGGCUCAGAGACUGUCGUCUUCCCCUCCUCAGGCCGUGCUGCUCAAACACAGCCUCACUCCCCUAAGGAAGAACCUGAAGCCGUCUGUCCUCCUCAACAAAAUGUGUCUGUCUGAGAUCAACAGCUCUCCAUCAUCAGACCACUCCACCAGAGCUACCACUCCCUCCAAAAAAAGAGAACCGCAAACACUGAAGGAACCCGCCCUGGAAAUGCUUGCUGAAGUGGAUAAUGAAACCUCUCCGAUGCUGCCGGUCACCGCCACACCGAGGAGCUCCAAGAGAAAGUCGGCCCAGCUGGUGUCUUCUCGAAUCAGAAAACAGCUGAAUCUUCUGGACGACCAGCAGGACCUGAACUCAGACGGAGAAGACGAGGACGAGGACGAGUUUGUUCCAUCCAAAAGGGAACUCCAGAGCAGCAGUGAGGAUGAUGAUGAUGGUGGGGAAAAGGAGGAAGGGCUGGAUAGCGAUGAUGAGGUGCUGGUUAAAAAGGGCAGACAUGCUGCGGCAGGUUAUUGUACUCCUCGCUCGAAGCAGAGAACUCGCACCUCCACCAGAACGCCGCAAAGAACUCCAAACAAGAAGCAGAUAACACCCAGUACACCACGGACUCCUCACCACGCCACUCCCAGCAUCCCCUGCAGGUUGAGACCAGCCCAACAGCCUGCUAAUGUUCUGGAGGAGGCUAGACUGAGGCUGCAUGUGUCCUCAGUGCCAGAGUCUCUUCCCUGCAGAGAGCAAGAGUUUCAGGACAUCUACAGCUUUGUGGAGAGCAAAAUUGUUGACGGCACAGGAGGAUGUAUGUACAUCUCAGGUGUGCCAGGCACAGGUAAGACGGCCACCGUUCACGAGGUGAUGCGCUGUCUGCAGCACGCCACCAACAUGGACGAGAUCUCUCCCUUCCACUUCAUCGAGAUCAACGGGAUGAAGAUGACUGAUCCUCAUCAGGCCUAUGUCCAGAUCCUGCAGAAACUCACAGGUCAGAAGGCCACUGCCGACCAUGCAGCAGCUCUGCUGGAGAAAAGAUUCAGCAACCCUGCACCCAGGAAGGAGAGCACCGUGCUGCUGGUGGACGAAUUGGACCUGUUAUGGACCAGGAAGCAGAACGUCAUGUACAAUCUGUUUGACUGGCCGACACGGCGCCACGCCCGCCUGGUGGUACUGACCAUCGCAAACACCAUGGACCUGCCGGAGAGGAUCAUGAUCAACAGAGUGGCCAGCAGACUGGGUUUAACAAGGCUAUCUUUCCAGCCGUACAGCUUUAAACAGCUUCAGCAGAUCAUCACGUCCCGGCUGAACAAGGUGAAGGCCUUUGAGGAGGACGCACUACAGCUUGUGUCCAGGAAGGUGGCUGCUCUGUCGGGCGAUGCUCGCCGAUGUUUGGACAUCUGCCGCAGGGCGACAGAGAUUUGCGAACACUCUGCUGCAGACACUUCUUCCACAGGAUUGGUGGGAAUGAGUCAUGUGAUGGAUGCGCUGAAUGAGAUGUUUUCCUCUGCUUACAUCACCGCCAUCAAGUGUGUGUCGGUGCAGGAGCAGCUCUUCCUCAGAGCCAUCAUUGCAGAGUUUCGGCGGCUGGGAUUGGAGGAGGCCACUUUCCAACAGGUGUUUGUGCAGCACCAGGCCCUUUGUCGGGUAGAGGGUCUGCAGCCUGUCAGCGUGUCCGAAGGUCUCGCUGUAUGUCAGCGUCUGGGGGCAUGCAGGUUACUGCUGUUGGAGCCUAGCCGCCUGGGGGUUCUGCAGCGAGUCCGCCUCAACGUAAGCCAAGACGACGUGCUCUACGCCCUCAAGUCCGACUAAAAGAGAUUACCUCACACCCAUUUAUCUGAACUACAUUACAUAAAUAAGUUAUACACACUAAAAUAAUUGCAUCCAGUUUCUAACCCUAAAGAGUUUUUCGCAGUUGUCUUUAUUUUUAAUGUGUGAUUUUCCCCAGUUUAAUAUUAGAUUUUUCUCAUUCUGAAAUUAUUUUUAAAAUUGUACUGUGCAUCUUUUUUAUGUCUCAAUACCUGAAUAUGCAAUAAAAUCUCAUUUUUUAUUAUAA